AUGAACAUGUUGCUUUUUUCAUGUCAUAGUUUUCAGAUUCUACUUGCUCUUGGUGUGCUUUCCAUGUUAACUCACAUUGAAGCUUCUACUAAAUCAAAGGUUGAAUACCUUCCUGGCUUUCAAGGACCACUUCCUUUUGAACUUGAAACUGGGUAUGUAGGGUUAGGGGAAAAUGAUGAUGAUGAUGAUAUGCAAGUGUUCUACUAUUUUGUGAAAUCAGAGAAUAAUCCUCAAAAAGACCCUCUUAUGCUUUGGUUAAGUGGUGGUCCUGGUUGCUCUUCUUUGUCUGGACUUGUUUAUGAAAUAGGUCCAAUUGCAUUUGAAAUAAAGAAGUACAACGGGAGCAUUCCUAGUCUGAUCUCGAGGCCCCACUCAUUGACAAAGAUAAGCAACAUUGUUUUUCCUGAUUUGCCACUCGGAACCGGGUUCUCAUAUGCAAAAAAUGUCAAUUCUCAUCGAAGCGAUUCGAAGAUGGUUCACCAUGUUCAUCAAUUUCUUAGAAAGUGGUUGAUUGAUCAUCCUGAAUUUAUUUCAAAUGAAUUCUAUUUGGGAGGAGAUUCAUAUUCUGGCAUUCCUAUCCCUGCGGUUGCUCAAGAAAUUUCAAAUGGAAACGAUAAACAUCUCCAACCAUUGAUAAAUCUCCAGGGAUAUAUACUAGGUGACCCUAUAACAACACGUAAAGAAAAAAAUUAUCAAAUCCCAUAUGCUCGUGGAAUGGGGCUCAUUUCUAAUGAGCUAUUUGAGUCACUACAACAAAAUUGCCAAAGAGAGUACGUUGACGUAGAUUCCAAAAAUGCAUUAUGUUUAACAGAUCUUCAGUCCUAUAGACAGUGUUUUGUAGGAAUUAGAUAUGAUAAUAUUUUGGAUCGCUUUUGUAAAGAUGAUUCGGAUCUAUGGAGGAGAUCUUUAAUUGAAGAGUCUAAAGAAUCUCUUAGUUAUCAACCCAUAGUGCCGGAUAUAAAAUGUCAAAUUUACAAAGAGUAUCUCAACAAAAAAUGGGCUGACGAAGAGCCUGUUCGCAAAGCACUGCACGUUCGAGAGGGUACUGUAGGAAAAUGGACCCGUUGUUACAGGUAUCAUUAUAAGUGUGAUAUCUCCAACAGCUUUGAAUUUCAUGUAAAUCUCAGCAAAAAAGGAUUUCGCUCUUUGAUAUAUAAUGGGGAUCAUGAUGCAGUUGUUCCUUUCUUAUCUACUGAAGCUUGGAUAAAAAACUUAAACUACUCUAUUGUAGAUGAUUGGAGAUCAUGGCUAGUUAAAGAUCAAGUAGCAGGAUACACGAGAACAUAUUCUAAUCGAAUGACAUUUGCAACUGUAAAGGGUUCAGGACAUAUAACUUUUGAUUAUACUCCGGAACAAUCUUUUGUCUUGUUAUAUAGAUGGAUGUCUAAUAUUCCUUUGUAA